CUAAAACAAACCCAACCAGUUGAGGUCAAAAUGCCUUCGAAAUGGCAGAGACUGCAUGUCUCAUUCUCUGGCAGUGUCCCCACUCUCUUGUGUCAAUUUACCUUCACUGGGGAUGGAUAUGGGCUGUAUAUCACCGAUCUUACAUACAUAUGGUCUGAACAUUUGGAUCGCAAAUCUAUACUGCGACGAGCAGAUGAAGACGGCACCACCAUCGACCCCAGUGAGGAUGAUGACCAGUUCACAGUGCUCCUACAGAAGAUAGAAGAGGCGCUGCAUCAUGAUUCUUCUGGGCAUAGUGCUGCGCUCAGCCGGGGCUCAGAGGGUGCGAACCUACACCUGCUCACAACAACAAAGCUCCCGGCUCCGCUCCAACCUCUCCGAUGGAGGUUCUGCUUAUCCCAGGACCCUCAUUCAGCGGCCACUGACCAGCUGCUCUUGCCGCUGGUGAAAGCUGAAGCCGUCUGGCAAUCACGGGAAAAGGUUCUGAUCGACCAGCUCAUGAAGAAAGACUGGGUCCUAGGGAAGCUAUUCGACAAGCUCGAAGCCCUGGGUAUCGACAUUGGCACCAUCUUUCCUGGCGUCUCCGUUCAUCGUCCGGGACAGAAAGACACAAUGCUGUCGCAUACUGCCAAAUACAUCAAAGGGGUCGAGCCAUUCGACAAGGACUCCUGGAUUCGCGAGACCAAUAUAUCCUUUCCCGAGCUCAGCUCCGCGGCCAAUUUUGCCACUGAAGCCACCGGCUCCAGGGUCAGUGAUGCCGACAGACUGCGAAUCCUCACUGCACCAGCAGACGGAUGGUGGAAGCAGCUCUCAACUGCGGUCGUGGACUCGUGUUCCGACAAUGAGCCCCGGAAGCCUGCCGUAGACAAGCGCCCGUUCGAUGGUAGUCUUGAGACUGACACUGACAGUGGAAAUGAGGAUGACGACGACGACGACGAAUUUGAGCGACAAGAGACACCGCCGCAUCUGAGACGCACCACAGCCAAAGCGUUAAGUCCAAGCCCUGGUGCAGAGCCAAGCUCAAAACGACACGAGAUGAGAUCCCCGUCAAGGUCAGAGCAUCCAGCAGUACAGAGGCCUUUUAAAGGUGGUGGCCUUGGUGUAAUCGGAGGCAGGAAGAGACCACAGUCGAACGAGAAGACACCGCCCUCUUCUACUUCGGAGGUUGACAUCCCAGAACGGAGAGCUAAGCCACCAGUACCUCCCCCCAGAGUGACAGAUAGCGACGCAACCGCCUCUGAGACGGACGGAGAUGAUGACCUUGCCCCGCCUCCACCAUCGAAACUGAAGGCACCAGCACCAGCACCAGUCAAGCGCGGCCUUGGGGUCAUAGGCGGCAAGAAGAAAGAGCACCAACCAUCUCUGCCAUCAUCUUCAAAUCGGCAACCCUUUCAACCAACAUCAGACCAGCCAUCUAAGUCAGGGACCCAGGCCCCGCCCAAACAGACCGGCCGGUUGGGGGUAAUCGGAGGUGUCGCACGCUCCACUAAGCGCACUGCGGAAUCUCAGCCACCAACAGAUGCUGCGUCAUCUGCCAAAUCCGAAAACUCGGAUGAUGCAUCCGAAGGAGCCACUACAGAACUAGCACCCCCGCGAGCAGCCCGUUCCGUAGCUCAGGAACAAAAGCCUAAAUUGACUCCACCCGCGGAACAAAAGAAAGAGAGUGAACAGCAGCGGGCCGACAGGAAGCGGGAUGAAUUGAAACGACAACUUGAGGCGAAGGCCAAAGCUCCAGCGAAGAAGAAACGAAGAUUUUGA